UCUUGCUGUCUCGCACUCCCUUCUCCCGCAAAAAGCAUCGUUGGUGGUGGUCCUUGAGGAAUAAAAUUAUUUAGAAUCAACAAUGCCUCUAACAAAGACUCCCUGGCACCCCCUCCCGUUAACUAUCUCGAACCGGUCCGCCCCACCACUACUCCUGCAAUCAACCUUCACAUCAACAACCUAUACAAUUCACCUAACGGACCUGGUAAAUAUAUGGUCGGAAUCCCUUUCCAAGCGUGAGAUACUGGCUCGCGCCGAGCGCAACAGCACUGCUAUCGAUCCAAGCGAGGAUGUGAGCCAGUUGCCGAUACUUCUGGAGAAGCUGGAAUAUGCACUUGGUAGGAAGAGGGAUGACGAUGCCGUUGAUGUGGAGAUCUUUCUUGGGAAGAGUGGGCUUAGGCUCAAGGCUACGGUUGAGUUACCGAAGCCCUUGGGUGAUUUGAAGUGGGUUUUUGAGCUUCAGCCUGUUGGUGGGGUUGAACUUGUAAAUUUAUUGGUGCUGCCCUAUUUGAGUGAGGUCGCGACUUUGAGGGAUAUGGUUGAGAGCUUGAUGACUGUUGUUAAAGAAAAGGAUACUGUGCUUGAGAGGCUGGUUGAAGGUAUGGGGGAAGCGGGGAUGGACGUCGGGGCCAUGGUUGGGGGUGGUAGAAGAAGGAGAGGGUUAGAUAAAUUUGAUGUAGGCAGGUGGAGAGGUGAGUUUUUGGGCGGGGAUAGGAGAGCCGGGGAAGUUGUUAGCGAGGUUUUUGAGCAGAAUUCAGAACCAGAGAUUCCUGGUGUUAAGGGGCUUGGUGGAGAAGCUGGUGAGUGGUGGAGGGGACUAGAUGAAGAUGGAGGUGGGGAGGAAAAAGAGAAGGAACCCAGGAAAAAGUUCGAGCCUGGUGGGGGCGCCCAAGAGAGAUGGCUCCAGAAUCCGAUACCGGGAAAGCCAGUUUCAGACACAGACGACGAUGAAUUUGAGGUUCGAAGAACCCCUCCCCGAGCUUCAGAACGGACCCCUCAAUCGAUCAAGAAACCACAAAGCAUUUCCCCCCCGUCCUUCCGGAGGAAACUCUCCCCAUGUUUCAAAAUCCGUCUCGCUAUCCAAAAUUCCACCCCCACCCAUCAAGCGAGUCAUCGGGAAGAUCGGUGGGGUUAG